CAUGUCACAACGCAGCAUCGCUGAUAUAAUCGCUUCUGGAAGACGCAUCGUCGGUCAUUUCAAACACUCCCCGCUUGCUUACUCACGACUUCAAAGUAUUCAGAAACAACUGGGCCAGCCUAUCAAGAGACUACAGCAAGAUGUACCUACCAGGUGGAACAGUACUGUAUACAUGCUGCAGAGUCUGCUGGAACAGAAACGUGCCCUGUGUGCUUAUGUAGCCGACUAUGACUUACCCUCCAUGUUCACCAGUAGCCAGUGGAAAUUAGUUGAAAAUAUGAUUUCGCUACUCGCCCCAUUUGAAGAGCUCACGCAGCAGAUCAGCUCAUCCACUGCAUCGGCUGCAGAUGUUAUACCAUCCAUCAGAGCUUUAACUCGUCUUCUUGAGAAGACAGCAGAGACUGACCACAGUGUAAAAACUUCAAAAGCCACGUUGUUGGAAGCGGUCCAGAAAAGAUUCCGUGACAUUGAAUGUGAGUGCCUGUAUAGCAUUGCUACAAUCCUCGAUCCGAGGUACAAAGACAGAUAUUUUUCUGACGCAGUCAAGCCCCAGAUACGUGGACUGCUUUCUAAUGUCCUGGCCACUGGAUUGGAGCAGCAGGAUGGUGAGGCGAGUUUGGCUGCAAGCGGGUCCGGACCCCCAGAGAAAGUACCACGAACCGGCUCCUUGCAUGCUAUGUAUGCUGAGUUGUUGGGUGGAGAUCAGGAAUGUGGUAGCAGUGAAAACAGCAGCUCAGCAUCAUUGCAAUUGAAUUUCUACCUGUCAGAGCCAGUUAUCGCUCAAAGUGGACAGCCACUUGUUUACUGGCAGAACAAUAAAAGCCGCUUUCCCGCUCUCGCACAAGCAGCACGCACCUACCUCUGUGCACCGUGUACAAGUGUUGAUAGCGAACGACUUUUUAGCACAGCAGGGAAUAUUAUUGAUGAGAAGAGGAACAAGCUGUCAGCCAAAAAUGCAGAGAUGCUUAUAUUUAUAAAGAAAAAUCUGCCAUUGAUGCUUAAGAAGUAAGCUUUGGGCAAUCUAAUAAUCUCUAUCCCCCCCUCUCUUUUUCUACCUCUCUCUACCUCCCUAAAUGCCCACAAAAUCUGAAUGAGUAUCUCAGAAAGCUGUUAUAGAUAUACAGAUAUGGAAGUUGUUAGUUAUUAGAAUGUUUUGUUGCUGUGCACUUUACUACCUGUGCUCCUUGAAAUGGUCUUUUACAAUAACCAAUGUCUGACUGACUUAAAACAAUAUUUUGGCUAUAGCCUUUUUUGUUGCAGUUUUAAAAGUAGCCUAAAGCUAAAUUUAAAGACUCAGAUGUUAUGUCUUAUCUUAUUUUAUUUAUAUAUUCUCCAGGAAAGUUGUAUUAGUCAAGUCCUAAGUUGUUCCUGAUAACCAAACACAUGCUGCUAAGUUAAUUUGUUGGAAAUGUUGCUUCCAAAUAAAUACACAGUUGUCAAUUCAUGAUGCGUUGUCUUCUCUUAAUUGUAAUACUUAAUGUGCAUUGUUGUUAAAUAUUGUUUAAAAAAUUAUGCUACAUGAUAAAUAGAAG